AUGUCGACAAGAACCCCCACGACGUACGUACCAUUCGGCACGUACUUUCGUGAAACACUAGUACUUGGACUUCAAGUGAUUACAUUUGUAUUCGGGUGUUACAUUUCAAUGAAAGAAGAACUAUUUCCUUCAGAACCAAAUAAACGGAAACAGAAGAGGAAUUCAAGUUCUGAUGAUGAAAAGAAAGAAGAAGAUGAAGAUGCUGACAACGUACCAGUAUGUGGUAAAACUGAAGAAGAUUUGUUCAAUGCAAUCCGCUCCAUGGAUAAGACAAAGGCUAUCCAUCUGGCACAAACUGCUAACCUGGCAGCAACCUUCCAAGGUUUCACCUUCCUGCACGCAGCUGCCUACCAUAACUUGCCCGAAUUCGUUUUCACUGUGCAGACGUUUACUAACUUUGGCCUUAUCAAGGAUCUCACUGUGGACACCGAAGGAAGAGAUUUCCGUGGUUGUACAGCAUUAGAGAUUGCAGAGAAACUGAACCACACAAAAGUCGUUGAGGCAAUAAAACAGGCCACCCACUUUGAGAAUGGAUUAACUAAUCUUCACAAAGCAGCCAGAGAGGGUGACACAAAGGCAGUGACAGAUCUAAUCACGCAUGGAGCGGAUGUGAACUGUAAAAGUGAAUAUGGUAUAACGCCACUGCUUAUGACAUGCAAAGCAAGGAGGUUAGAAACCGCAAAGACCUUGAUCGAAAAUGGCGCUGAUCUGGAUGCAACAAACAUCAGACGAGACUCUACGCUUCAUGCUGCGGCUAGCUCCAGCAAUCCAGAGAUGGUAAAAUUAUUACUAAGCAAGGAUCAUCCUAAGCUUGAUGUGAACAUCACUAAUAACAACUUGGAGACACCUCUUCACAAAGCUGCCUUUUUUGGGUGGAGUGAAGUUGCAGAUGUUCUUCUCCAACAUGGCGCCCUGGUUAAUUCAGCAAACAAGAAUGGUUCAGCACCGCUCCACAUCUCUGCACUACAUGGGCAUUCAAGUGUUGUUGAGUUGUUUCUUGACCAUGGUGCAGAUAUAAAUAACUGCAACUGUGAAGGACGAACACCACUUCAUUGUGCAUCCAGCAGAGGGAACACUGAUGCUGUCCAACUACUCCUUGAAAAUCAUGCUACUAGUGAUGCAAAGGACAAACAGGGCCUAACCGCUCUACACCUAGCUUCACAAAAUGGUCACACACAAGUUGUGCUUAUGUUGUUGAACAAUGGUGCUAAUGUAAACAGCACUGACGGGGAAGGGAAUACCCCACUACAUAAUGCAUCACAGUAUGGACAUCCAAAUAUAGUGGAGGUUCUAAUAAGUAAUGGUGCAUCAAAGAAUGCUCUAACAACACAAGGGUUCUCCCCACUUCAUCUGGCUGCAGAUCGUCGCAACAUCUUUGUAGUAAAAAUGUUGAUUGAGAAGGGAGCGGAUGUAAAUGUCAGCGAUGAAGAAAACUGGACUCCUCUCCACUUUUCUGCACAGAAUGGACACAGUAAUGUUGUGUCUGCAUUGGUGGAGAAAGGUGCAAACAAAGAAGCUGUCACAGCAGAUGAUGAAAAUACUGCUCUUCACCUUGCUGCAAGUGAAGGCCACCUGGACAUAGUUGAAACACUGGUUAAAAACGGAGCUGCCAUCAAUGCAACUGAUGCCGAUAUGUGGACUCCACUUUUUAGUGCUGCUGAAAAUGGCCACCAAGACAUAAUUGAAUACCUAAUAAAAGAAGGGGCUAAUGUCAUCUUGAGAGAUGAGGAUGGUACUACACCAGCCCUGCUUGCAAGAGAAAAUGGAUUUGAUGGAGUGGCAGAGUAUCUUGAAAGUAGAACAGCUGAUGUGCCAACCAUUUCAAGUAUGGGAGAUGAUGAGAGACAACUCACAGAAAGUAUGAUCAAUUCAGCUGAUGAGAGAAUGGACUCAGAUGAAGUUGUUGUGAUGAGACGUCCAAGGCCACAUGCUGAUAAAGAAAUCCCGAAAAGAUUAUCUUUACUUCUAGACAGAAUAGACAGUGAUGACAAUUUGCUAGACAAGUGGAAGCAUGAGUAUGAUGCCACAGAAAGCCAGACAAGUGAAGAGGAAAACAAAGAGAUAGUAUCAGUAGAAACUGGCAGUAAAGGCGGAAAUGUUGAUACCGAAAAGCAACUAUUCACUGUUGUCAAGAAAGGGGAUAUGAAAGAAGCCAUGGAUCUCGCGAAAACAGCAGAUCUCUUUGCAAUUAAAGGCGGUUUUACAAUACUGCAUGCCUCAGCUUAUUACGACAGGGCCGAAUUUGUAUAUAUUCUACAGGUCUACACAGACUUUACCAAACUUAAUGAAAUGAUGACCUCGGCUGAUGCAAACAAAUGCCCUGAAAUGACUGCACUAGAUAUUGCACAGCAGUUGAAACACGAAGACUGCAUUGAGGCUAUAAACUUGGCAUUGGAGAGUGAACACAAAAUGGAAGAUAUUCAUCGGGCAUCAAGAGCAGGUGAUGUUAAAAGAGCCACAGAUCUUUUCCAUGCAGGAGCAGAUGUCAAUUCAACAGCUGGGUAUGGCAUCACACCCAUAUAUAUGGCAGCCAGUGCUGGAAAAGUUGAAAUGGCCAAGCUCCUUAUCGAACUUGGAGCGCAUCUUCCAGAAAAAGAUAAAUGUGGAGACAGUUUACUCCAUAGGGCUUCAACAUACGGACAUCCGAAUAUGGUUGAAUUUCUCACCCAAUUAGAGAUCAAAAUGGAUGUGAAUGCUGUGAAUGGAAAAGGAGAAACUCCACUCCAUAAAGCUGCUAUAUAUGGAUGGCAAGUAGUCACACGUGUUUUGAUACAAAAAGGGGCUUCUGUACAUGUUGCUGACAGAAGUAAAGCAACCCCACUGCAUAUCUCGGCAUCGUAUGGUCAUGCGAUUCUGGCAGAAAUUCUGAUAGAUCAUGGCGCACAUGUUGAUGUCACGGAUAGUGAAGGAUUUACACCACUUCACUGUGCUUCAAGUGGAGGCCAUCUUUCAAUGGUUGAUACACUGAUUCACAACAAGGCUGACAUUAAUUCUAUGGACUGCAAACAGUGGACACCUCUUCAUUAUGCUGCACAGAACGGCCAUGUUAAUACCACUAAACUCCUACUAGAGAACGGAGCAGAAACCAAUGCCAAGGACGAUGAUGGCUGGACACCGUUUCUAUGUGCAGCUCAGAAUGGGCAUUCGAGAAUAGUACAACUUCUGCUUGAUAACAAAGCCGAUACUGACGCCAAAACUAGAGAGGAAUUCACUGCAGCACAUCUUGCAGCAGAUAAAAAUCAACUUCAUAUUCUAGAAAUGUUGGCAAGUAUUGGAACCAAUUUCAAUAUCAGUGAUGAAGAGAAAUGGACUCCUAUGCACUUUGCUGCACAGAAUGGUUAUUUACCACUAGUGAAAUUCCUCAGUGAAAAUGGUGCAGAUGUUUUUUCAACAGCAGCUGAUGGCAGUACGGCCCUUCACAUGGCCGCAGGUGAAGGUCACACAGAAAUUGUUACAUUUUUAAUUGAAUGUGGCCUUGAUGUUAACCAUUUAGACGAGAACAAGUGGUCACCACUCCAUUUUGCAUCAGAGUGUGGUCAUGAGGAAGUAGUGAAAUGUUUAAUCUCAGAAAAUGCAGAUGUCACAGCCACUGAUAAUGAAGAGUUAACACCACUGGAGGUGGCCAAGAAAGAAGGCCAUGAACACAUUGUCAACAUUUUAAAAGAAGCCAUGGAAAAAGUCAAAAACGACAACUGA